UCAUCACCAUUGCAUCACCAUGGCUAUAGCAGGCUUGGCAGUGGAAGAGCUUCUUCGCCUGUGUCUUCACCGACACAUACCUCCACGGCUUCUCCCCCUUCUUCACCAAAAUUCCUCCAUUGCCGCAACAACAGCAUUGGAUUCGGCACUCGUGGCCCGAAGGUGCAGUCUGUUGGGGAGUGGUUGGCUUACAUUGUUCUUUCCACGGUUCUUCGUAGACGUGGCCUUCUGCUCUUUGCUCCACUUGUGUACAUUUCGGGGAUGUUGAUGUUUAUGGGUUCUUUUAGCUUCGAAGGUUCAUCUUCUGGGGUUGUUGUUGAUCAGUCUCCUCCUCCUCCCGGUUCAACUUAUCGUAGUCCUCAGGUUUUUGAGACGCUUUGGCCGUUUAUGCAGCUUGAUGGCAACCGUAGCUCCAAUGCGUUAAUGACAACAUGGCAUCGGAAAUUACGUCAAAGUUGGAAACCGUGUGUAAACCGAAGUUUUUCUCAAGCAGGUUUCUCGGAAUUGCCAACAUCAAAUGGCUUCCUUAUUAUUGAAGCAAAUGGUGGUUUGAAUCAACAACGUCUAUCUAUAUGUGAUGCAGUGGCUGUGGCAAGGUUAUUGAACGCUACACUUGUUACCCCAAUGUUUCAUUUUAAUAGUGUUUGGCAGGAUUCCAGCAAGUUUGGAGACAUAUUUGAUGAGGAGUUCUUUAUAUCUGCACUCAGAAAUCAUGUUAAAGUAAUGAAGGAGGUCCCAGAAGAUAUACUUCAGCGGUUCGACAACAAUAUAAGCAAUAUUGUCAAUUUGAGAGUUAAAGCAUGGUCUAGUCCAACGUACUAUCUGCAAAAGGUCCUUCCAAAGCUGUUGCAGAUGGGGGCAGUACGUAUUGCUCCCUUCUCUAAUAGAUUGGCUCAUGCUGUACCAUCUAGUAUCCAGGGCCUUAGAUGUUUGACUAAUUAUGAAGGAUUAAGGUUUUCAGAACCAAUAAAGACUUUGGCAGAAAGUAUGGUUGACCGGCUGAUUAAGAAUAGUUCCAUUAGUGGUGGGAAGUACAUUUCAGUGCAUCUCCGGUUUGAAAAGGAUAUGGUUGCAUUUUCAUGCUGUAUUUAUGACGGUGGUGCGGAAGAGAAACAUGAAAUGGAUAUUGCCAGAGAAAAAGGUUGGAGAGGAAAAUUUAAUAAAACUGGUCGAAUAAUAAAGCCAGGUGCAAUUCGGAUGGAUGGGAAAUGCCCAUUAACUCCACUAGAGGUGGGAAUGAUGCUUAGGGGCAUGGGUUUCGAUAAUAAUACCUCAGUGUAUGUAGCUGCUGGAAAAAUCUACAAUGCAGAAAAGUAUAUGGCCCCCCUUCGGCAGAUGUUUCCACGUUUAGAAACUAAGGACACUCUAGCCUCACCUAAUGAACUUGCCCCAUUUCAGGGCCAUUCAUCAAGGCUAGCGGCUCUUGAUUACACGGUGUGCCUUCAUAGCGAAGUAUUUGUCACAACUCAAGGUGGAAACUUUCCCCACUUCCUGAUGGGUCACAGGCGCUACCUCUAUGGUGGACAUGCGAAGACAAUCAAACCUGAUAAGAGGAAGUUAGCUUUACUGUUUGACAGCCCAAAUAUUAGAUGGGGAAACUUCAAGAGACAGAUGCAAGAAAUGCUUCGUCAUAGUGAUUUGAAGGGCAGUGAGACGAGGAAACCCAGUAGCUCACUCUACACCUUCCCAAUGCCAGAUUGCAUGUGUAAAAUAGAAAAAGAUACUGUGGACAGUAACAGGACCGUUUUUUGACUCGGAAGAUACACAUCAUAAUAGUUUCCAGAUUUGUUUAUUGUUCAAAGUUUGUAACAUCCAU